AUGCCUAGCUUCGCCACCACACUCGUUUUCUCCCUUGUCUGCGCGUUCGCCCCGUCUGCUUUCGCAGCGCCCACGAAGGGCGUAGACCUGAGCUGCCGCAGCAAGCUCACCAUUGACACAGACCUGGUCGCGCAGAACGCCAUUGCUGCCACGAACCAGAGCUGGGAAUAUGGGGCCCUCACCGAAGCCCUCAUCGAGCUUCAGUCCCCCGCUCUCUCCGUCUUUGCCGGCAAAAAGUCCAUUCCGCCUCCGACGGGCAGCAACGACAUCCCGGGAGCUGUAUGGGACAUCAUCUCGAGCAUUUUAGAUGCAGAGCAGCCUGGCGACGCGGUCUUCAUCGAUGGCGCCGGUGCUGCGGGCGAUCCCGCGAGCCUCGGAGUCGCCGCGAUCUUGGUCAACACCGUCGCUAACAACGAGACAUGGGCCGAGGACAUCGAGAAGCAGCUUAAUCACGUACUUUACGACGUCCCCCAGUCGGAUGAGGGCGCCAUCUCCCAACGCGAGGAUGAGGUUCAGUACUGGGCAGACUUCAUGUAUAUGUUGCCACCAACUGUGGCUUAUUACGGUGCCGUACUGGGUGGCGACAACGCCACUGCCCUCCUGAAGAACGCGCAUCUUCAAUGCAAGCUGUACCGAGAAGCGCUCUUUGAUGAAGACGUCAGCCUCUGGCGUCACAUUACCGGCGGAAGCUGGCAGCUGAACGAUCACUGGGCCACAGGCAACGCUUGGGCUGCUGGUGGCAUGACGCGCGUUCUUGCCACCAUCCAAGCGUCGGACGUCGCUGACGAACUCAAGUCCGAACAACAAGACCUGAUUGAUUGGACGAACGAGAUCCUAGCCGGAUCGUACGCCUACCAGGCUCUGAACGGAACGCUCUACAACGACAUCGAUCAACCCGACACCUCGUUCGUAGACGCUGCCGGGACCGCGCUCAUCACAGCGGCCGGUUACCGCCUGGCUUCCAUUACUGGCGACGUGACCUACCUCGCCAACAUGGAGCUGGCUUACAACCUCGUAGCUGAGAGCAUCGACGACGAAGGGUGGUUGUUCAACGCCGUGAACCCGCUCACCUUCGAUACUCCUCUCACCGGCGAUAUCAGGAGCCCCGAGGGACAGUCCUUUGUGCUCGCUUUGGUGGCGGCGCGGAACGAUUACUGGAGCAUCUGA